AUGAUUCACUUACCAAAGAUAAGCCAAGAGAAUACUUUGUUUGAUUGUAGAGAACUGAAGUCUCAAUAAUCUGAGAAUGUUAUAUUUGAUAAAACAACGAAAAGUUUUGUUCUAAAAGUUGGACCUUCUAAUUUAUUCACCUAUCAUAAUUCCAAUGAAGUUUAAAUUAAAGGUUCUAAAAUAUACAUUCAAAUGUAUUUGAUUGAAAAACUAAAAUUUAUACUUGAACUUUCCAAUAAAUAAGAAUAUUUCAAAAUAGUAGUCAGUCCCAAUCUACAACAAGCCUAUAGCAAAAAGUUAGAUGAAGUCAAGAUCUCAAGUGCUUUUAUACUAACCAAUAAAUGGAUCAGUCUUUCGUUUGAUAUUGAAAGCUUCUUUAAAGACACCGAACUUUAAUUCAGAAUGCUGAGCAUUCAUUCUCUUUGUAGAUUAAAGAAGAUCUAUGAGGGUACUUAGACUAAUAAUAUUAAUGAUGGACAUUGCUUAAUUUAGAAGAUUUGUGAGAAGCGAAUAUUAGAACUAUUGCCAAACAGCACAAGAGCAUAAUCAGAAAAGACAGAAUUAAGAAAAAAUCAAUUUGGUUCUUCAUAACAAAGACGCCUAUCUACAAUAUCAAAUUCUCAAGAAAAAAUAGUAUAAACAGAAUCGGAUAGUAAAAAAAACUAGAGCAAGUAAAAAUACUCAAACCCUUAAGAAUUAUAAAAAAAUUCGCAUUCAGGACUAAAAACUAAGUCAUAAACUUAAGCUUUAAAUUAAAAUCCAAAAAGAGCACAGCUAUCACACUAGAAAUAAUCUUCAAAUUAAAAAAAUCAAUUCCAAACUAAAAGUUUAUCAUAAUAACAACCAUUACAAUCAUUACAAAUUCAAAAUUAGGCUUUAAAUCAAAACUAAGCCUUAAAUUCAAAAGGAUAAUUAUCUUAGAUUUCAUCAAAUAGAUCUAAAAAGUUAUCAUAAAUUGGUGGAAAUCUAACUAAGUAGCUCUCUUAGGAGUGUUUGCUAGAGAAAACAAUUAAAUUGGCAACUGGCUUAUAAGUGAUAGAAGAAGUUAAUAUGAAUAAACCUCCUGUUUAUGCAAAAUCUAACUCAAACAAAUUUACAGCAUAAACUUAGUUAUAAAAGAAAGCAGUAUAGAGUUUUCUUCGACAUACUCAAGAAUUCUAAAAUGGCAGCCAUUUUUCUCAUGAGCAGUUCGAUGAUAGCAAGACUGAUAACGAAUUCGGUUAUAAAUACUCCUAAGUCAGUCAAGGAGUUAAAGAUUUGUAUUAUGAAGGUGAUAAUUCAGAAUAUCAAACAAAAUACGGAAAGUUUUCAAGCACAUUUACUAGACCCCUUGGAUUGUCAUCUUAUAACCAUCGAUUAUCUUCAUAAUAAUCUUAGAAUUAAUAAUAAGGAAGCACGAAUGAGCAAUUUUAUUUAAGCAGUCAACAGCUUGAGUAAAAUUUUAGUCCAAAUUAAACAGCCAAUGAAAUAGAAGAGUAAAUUGAUGCUCCUGAAAUUAAAAGUAAGAUAACUGAUGAUAGUUUUAAUUCUAUAAAUGGAUUAUAAAUAAAGCAAGAAGAUAGUUCAGAAGAUUUGGCAGUUUCUAAAUUCGAAUGA